UUGUGUUCGAUUGAUUUUGUAAAGUUCUUAUUAACUUAGGAAUUAUAAUCGAAAAUGACUUAUCAGACUAUACAAUACAAGAAACCACAAGUCAGUCUUCGGUAUAGAACUUAUUCCAAUAGUCAAUGUGAACAUGAUGAAAAUAAUAUACUCUUAGAAAAAGUCAACAUACUACAACUUGAUGAACAAUGUGAGAAAAUUAACAAUAAUGUAUUGAAUUUAAGAAAAGUUCAACAUGAAAUGUGUUUAGUCUAUCAACAAUUCACUCAAUGUACACUUUAUGAAAAUGAUGAAGAAAAAUUAAAUCAAGCAAUUGCUCAAUUAAAAAAUGAUUUAGAUAAUUUCAACUGGAAUUUAGAAAGAUCCUAUCGUUAUAAGAUGAAAAUCAAUUUAUUGACGAAUUUAACAGUAAAUUGCACACAUUCUAAUGUGGAGCUAUUCAACCGAAUCAAUGAAUUAUGCAGUGUUUUAAUCAAAUUGUCAGAAAACUUACCAAAUAAUAUCCUGUCAUAUACAAAAAGUCUUUUGGAAUACAAAUCAGAUUUUCUGAGUGCAACUCAAUUUAGAUUUAUACAACCAACUGACUUACAAAUAGAUUAUUCUCUCAAAGAUGAUUCAAUAAUCAAUGAUCAAAUUGACAAAAUACGAACAUAUCGAACCAAUGUACAUAAUUCAAGAGUAUUAUUAAAAGAAGUAGAUAGAAUAAAUCAAAGAAUGAAGUGUAUAUUUCGAAGUUUGUUAAAAUCUACGGCAGAUUAUUUGAUUUCAUCAAACUUUUAAUGUUCAUUUGUAGUAAACUUUGUAUAUGUUGUUUUUUAUUGGAAAUAAAAUAAGAUGGGAGUUUCUUCCUGAA